AUGGUGUUGAGCCCCGAGGAACACACAAGUUCGCUCCAGAAGAGGAGGUCAAUACUGGUAAACACGGGUUCCAGCUGUGGCAGCACCUCCCAGACUGUAUCGAAUUUUUUCCGUGGCAACAAGCCAAAACGAGCCCUUGUUGUCAUUUGCAAUAAUUAUUAUUCUUUGAGGAAGAGAAUGAUUCAAAAAUGGGACAAUAUCACACAACAGCUGGCUGGCUUUGGUGGGUCCAUGAAGAUAACUUUAUAUACCGCGCAUUUCGAUGCCAAGCAUGAUGCUCUAUAUCUAAUUAGAAAUAAUAUACUGGCCAGGAUAUUUGCAGAUAUCAAAGUCCUCUAA